AUGAAAUUGCACUUGCUUGACGCCAAAUCUGGAGCGACAAAGGAUAUCCAGCUUUCGCAGGAUGCCGUGUUCUCCGAUCUACAGAAAGCCGUAUCCGAGAAUUUUCAGAUUUCAACAUUUGUGCUUGUUUUCGGUGGAACGUAUUUAAAUCACCAAGGUUCAACGACUUUGGAGCAAAUGGGAAUUGUGUCGGGAGAUAAGCUGCAUAUAUAUCCAGGUGCAGUGGAAGAAAGCAGAGCAACACAUGCCUCAUUGGCUCUUCCUCCUGAGCCACGUCCAACAAGGGAAUGUUCGUCCGCGGAAUUACCUCCAGAUGCGCCAACACUUCCGCUCUUACCAGAACAAGCUCACCGGGAGCCACCACCACCUACCGGUGUACAUCCUGAUACAGAAUUCUACAGGCUCGGUGAUGACCCAAAUGAUCCAUUAGCAACGAGACAUGGCCAUAGAGCCCCGAAUUUCCCAGCUCCAAAUCCACUGAAUCCUUUUGGACAUGGUCCGCUUGGACCGCUGGGGCAACCAGGAGGCCCACUUGGUCCAGCAUCGCAUGGUUUCGAUCCGUUUGAUCCGCGCUCGUCUGAAAUAAUGCCCGGCCGUCCACAGUAUGACCCAACUCAACCUCGCAUUUUGCCCUUCAAUCCUACCGACGAAGGACCAAGCCGAACUGAUCGUACUGGAAGCUUUGGACGUCGUCAUGGUGGAAACGACUAUAUU